CCGAAUGUUUAUGUUGUAUUUCUGUUUCUUCACUGAAAAGAAAAAAAGACAGCAAAAAAAGGAAACCCUCCUCCCUCCUUCCAAAACCCCUCACCCAUUAUUCUCCUCUGCGCACCACCAUCACUUGUGAUUUCCAAACCAUGACCGAAGAUUCGUCCAAUACUUCUGCUGCUACUGCUCCUGCAAACAACACUAAUGAAGCAGAGAAGACUAGUGCAAUAGAACCCAUUCGGUUGCCUACAAUCGAAGAGGUGCGAGGCCAAGACAUUUGGAACAACUGUGCUGUUCGCAGCGUUGCCAGCGGAAUCAUGGGGGGUGGGCUUGGUCUAGCCAUGGGGUUGUUUCUUGGUGCGUUGGAUAAUCCAAUACAACAGGAUACGAUGACUGGUCGCCAGCUGUUUGUUUAUACCGCAAAGCAGAUGGGUGGUCGGAGUUGGAAUUCCUGCAAGGCGUUUGCUGUUAUGGGAUUAGUUUUCUCAGCUGCUGAAUGUGUUGUUGAAAAGGCUCGAGCAAAACAUGACAUUACAAACACAGCGAUAGCAGGGUGUGUGACCGGGGGUGCAAUUUCUGCAAAAACUGGCGGUCCAAAGGGAGCAUGCUUUGGUUGUGCGGGAUUUGCUGCUUUUUCUGUGGUGAUCGAGAAGUUUUUGGAUAGACACGAAUGAGAAGACAUGAAUUUUUGCAGAUAAAAAUAAUUUAGUUAUCCUGAUAAUGUGAAACAUGAAUGCGAAAACAGGAUUACUUUAUUUAAAUUUGUUUUCUUCUAUAGCCAUAGGCUCAAGUUCAUUGACUUGUUGGUUUUGUAUCAUCAGCAAACCCUCUUCAUUUUUCUGCCUUUAAUGAUUAAUAUUAUAGAACAGAUAUAAUCA